AAUAAAUAUUUUUUAAAAAGUAAAAAAAAUUUAAUUAAAGUGUUGAGAAGCAAAAAAUAUUUUUAAAUGGCACCACUGUAUAUACUGAUAUGGCAAAACAAGCUGUUAUCUUCGCGGAUAGAUAGACCUUUUUAUCAGUGGUUUUCUUUAACAGUAUAAAAAAUUGAGCGUCUAGAAAAUUGUUAUUUUACCUUUUAAAUUUAAUUUAAAAACAAAACGAAAUUGAUGUUUAAAAAUGUUCAAGUUCAAUUUUAAUGCCGUUGAGUUGGAUGAGUCUGAUUCUUAUGAAAAUGAUUCCCAUGUGAUCAAAACAGAAGAAUUAACUAAUUCUUAUGCGUUGACCACCUUGCCAUUUACAGAAUUGAUCAUUGGAGAUAAGUCUUUAAAACUAGUAGAUGAAUUUCCCAAUUCAUUCAAUUCAGAUCUCAUUCCGGGCACUUAUGAAGGAGGAUUUAAACUUUGGGAAUGUACCAUUGAUCUCUUAGAAUAUCUAAGCAAUAAUACCAAAUAUUGUAAAGAAAAAUCAGUGUUGGAUUUAGGCUGUGGUACUGGCCUUUUAGGCAUUUUCACAUUGAUGUCUGGAGCUCGGAAUGUUGACUUUCAAGAUUUUAAUAAAGAAGUAUUAACCAAUACAACUAUGAAGAAUGUAUUAGUAAAUUGUAAAGAAAGGUUAGAAGUUUGCAAAUACUUUUCAGGCGAUUGGAAAUCAUUUACUACAUUUAAUGAAGAUACCUAUGAUCUAAUUUUGACAUCAGAAACUAUAUACAAUGUGAACAACUAUAUGAAGCUUAUCAAAUUAUUUGAAAAAAAAUUAAAACCAUCAGGAAGUAUUUUAUUAAUUGCUAAAAAUUAUUAUUUUGGUGUUGGUGGUUCGAUUACUGAAUUUUUAGAUUGUUUAAAAUCUUCUAAAAUGAAUUCGGAUAUUGUUUGGACAAGUACAGACGGAGUUAAAAAAACUUUGCUCAAUAUACAUUUUUGAUUAC